AGAUUCCGCAUAGCGCUGCGCAACGUGACCGCUACCGACGACGUCGUGGACAACGCCUGCCGACUGCUGCAGGAGAAUGGCUUCAUCAACUACUACGGGCUACAGCGCUUCGGGACUCGUGUGGAUACGCCCACUUAUGAAAUCGGACGAAAACUGCUGCAAGGGAAUUUCAGAGAAGCAAUAAACUCCCUUCUGGAAGAGCGCGAAGGCAUGCUUCAGCCGGCGCUACAACGAUACCACGAAGCCGGACCCAUCGCAGCACUCCAAGCGCUUCCACGAGGCAUGUCUGGCAGCGCGCACGUCGAGACGCGCCUCAUACGUGCCCUCGCCAAAGCGCCUAAUGAUCUGGUGGGCGCGCUGUCCAAGCUGGCGCGAAACACUCGCUUACUGUACCUGCACUCGUACCAGUCGCUAGUGUGGAACCGCGCCGUGUCCGAACGUAUCCAGCGACUCGGCCUCCGCCCCGCGGAAGGAGACUUGGUGCCCGCGGGCAGCGAGACGCACAUAGUCACAGAAGAGAUGAACGACGGCGAGUUCGAAGAUGAAGAUAACAAUGAGAAUGAAUCUGAUGCUGACACCAAUGACGCCUCCGAAGUGCCUGCGGAAAACGAUAACGACAGCUCGGACAAGAGAGACAAGGACAAAAAUAACGAUGAGAAACCAAAGGUCCCUGUCAAAGUGCUGACCAAGGAAGAGGCGGAGAGCGGGCAGUACACGAUAUUCGACGUUAUAAUGCCGCUGCCAGGGUACAAUAUCGACUAUCCGCCCAACAUGAAGGACUUCUAUGAAGAGGAGAUGGCGAAAGACAACUUGAAGCUGGAUCUGAGGCAUAAAGUCAAGUGCUACAGCAUGUCUGGCGCGUACCGGCACGUGGCGGUGCGUCCGUUUGAUGUGAGCUGGCGCAGCGUGCGCUACUCGCAGCCCUACGCCGACCUGCUGCGCUCCGACCGCGACCAGCUCACCGGCCGCGAGCUCACCGGCAUCAUCGAAGACGGCAAAUACAAAGCGUUGCUCCUAGAAAUGUCUCUGCCGGCGAGCUGUUACGCCACCAUGGCUUUGCGGGAACUCCUCAAAGUAGACACGUCUUGCGAUUACCAGGCGAUGCAGAACAACUAUCACAGACGCAAGAAAUCCAAGGAUAAGACCGGGGAAGCGGGAGAUGAAAAUUCAGAGAAUAACUCAGAAGCCAAUGACAGCCUCAAUAUGAGCGGGGAGAACUCAGAAGUGAGCAGACAAGAAAAUGCAGAAGUUACUGGAGAUGUAAUGCCCGAAGCGAGCGGGGAUGAAUCAUUAAAAAGAAAAAUGGAUGACUAUGUAGAUGUAGCGUUGAAGAAAGUUAAAACAGAGAUUGAAUAAUAAAGUGUUUUACGUA